UGCUGUAAUGUUCCAAAGCUUGAAAAGAGUUCGAACAAAGUAUGAUUGUGUCAAUGUAUUAAGUGUAUGUGGAUAAAAAAAUAUGUGAUAAAAUAAGGACCUACGUACAUCAAGAUUCGCUUAACAGUUACUUAAUUUGCAAAAAAUACAAAUAGUAUUCCAAACAGGCGCUUAUGAUGAGUAUUGAAAACGUAGCAUUACCGUUAUCAACGUUAAAUACACCGCUUGCUUAGAUCCCAAUUAAAAUGUCUAUUACCAGUGUACAUAAUAAAGCUGAUGAAAUGGAUAUCGGCACGCAAAAUGAUAAGGAGAACACAGAUCCCUGCGAGAAUUCGCAGUCGGAGCCUGCUAAUGAGAAAUCUAACAUCGACGCAAAUUUAUACUUGUACGACGAUGAGUUGGACACCAGACCACACGUAUCAACGUUUAUUUCAUCGCUUGCCAAUUAUGAAAAUACCAUACCAUCAGCCACUGACCCGGAUUCAAAGACAGCUGCACCUGCAGCUCGCAUGGGUACGCUGAUUGGAGUUUUCCUGCCAUGCAUUCAGAAUAUAUUUGGUGUAAUCCUAUUUAUUCGUCUUACAUGGGUAGUUGGUACCGCUGGCGCGGUAUGCGGAUUUCUCAUAGUAUUAACUUGCUGUUGUGUGACCAUGUUAACAGCAAUCUCGAUGUCAGCAAUCGCAACAAAUGGAGUAGUGCCCGCAGGAGGAAGUUAUUUUAUGAUUUCGAGAUCGCUAGGACCAGAAUUUGGAGGAGCGGUGGGAAUGUUGUUUUAUACAGGAACGACACUGGCUGCUGCUAUGUACAUUGUGGGCGCUGUGGAGAUUGUAUUGACAUACAUGGCUCCAUGGGCCUCAAUAUUUGGCGAUUUCACCAAAGAUGCGGAUGCAAUGUAUAAUAACUUUAGAGUAUACGGCACAUUGCUCCUAUUGAUUAUGGGAUUAAUCGUGUUUUUGGGUGUAAAGUUCGUAAAUAAAUUUGCCGCAGUCGCCUUGGCGUGUGUAAUAUUCUCUAUAAUUGCUGUUUACGUUGGAAUAUUCGACAAUAUUAAUGGGAGUGAAAACCUUUACAUGUGCGUUCUUGGAAAGCGUUUGCUCAAAGACAUUCCCAUUGAUAAUUGUACUAAAAGUGAUACGUUCUUGUCGGACAUGUUUUGUGAUGAAAACGGAUGCGAUGAAUAUUAUAAAAAUAAUAACGUUACAAAAGUAAAAGGUAUCAAGGGUCUUGCCAGUGGAGUAUUCUAUGAGAAUAUUUUACCAUCGUUUUUAGAAAAAGGCCAAUUAAUUGCUUAUGGGAAAAAUACGGUGGAUAUUGAAAAUUUGGCGCCAUCUACAUAUAAUCAAGUCGUAGCUGAUAUUACAACGUCUUUCACAUUGCUAAUAGGAAUAUUCUUCCCGUCAGUAACAGGAAUAAUGGCGGGAUCAAAUAGGUCUGGUGAUUUAGCUGACGCUCAAAAAAGUAUUCCGAUUGGAACAAUUUGUGCAAUUCUAACAACGAGCACCGUGUAUUUAUCUAGUGUUUUGUUAUUUGCGGGAACAGUCGAUAAUCUGCUCUUACGUGACAAAUUUGGCCAAUCCAUCGGUGGAAAGCUAGUAGUGGCAAACAUUGCAUGGCCAAACCAAUGGGUUAUACUUGUUGGCUCAUUUUUAUCAACACUUGGUGCUGGGCUACAAAGCUUGACUGGUGCACCACGCUUGCUGCAGGCCAUAGCAAAAGACGAAAUUAUUCCAUUUUUAUCCCCAUUUGCGGUAUCUUCGAAACGUGGUGAACCUACAAGAGCUUUACUUCUCACGAUUGUUAUAUGCCAGGGCGGAAUUCUAUUGGGCAAUGUUGAUCUGUUGGCACCCUUAUUAUCCAUGUUCUUCCUCAUGUGUUAUGGAUUCGUGAAUCUUGCAUGUGCUGUACAGACACUGUUGAGAACACCUAACUGGAGGCCACGAUUUAAGUUCUAUCAUUGGGGAUUGUCUUUAGUUGGAUUAACUUUGUGUAUAUCAAUAAUGUUUAUGACUUCAUGGUACUUUGCUUUAAUUGCGAUGGGAAUGGCCAUUGUGAUUUACAAAUAUAUCGAAUAUCGUGGGGCUGAAAAAGAGUGGGGAGAUGGAAUCAGAGGAAUGGCGUUGACUGCUGCUAGAUACUCACUUUUACGCUUGGAAGAGGGUCCCCCACAUACCAAAAAUUGGCGUCCACAAAUAUUAGUCCUAUCAAAGUUUAACGACAACUUCAUGCCAAAAUAUAGGAAAAUAUUUUCGUUUGCCACUCAACUUAAAGCCGGAAAGGGUUUAACAAUAUGCGUAUCCGUUAUUCAAGGCGAUCAUCAUAAAAUUUUGAACAGAGCGGUUGACGCUAAGGCAUCAUUGAGAAAAUUAAUGGACGACGAGAAAGUUAAAGGCUUCUGUGAUGUAUUGGUAUCUCGAGAUAUAGGCGAAGGAUUAAGUUCAGUAAUUCAGACCAUAGGCCUCGGAGGUAUGAAACCAAAUACUGUUAUAAUUGGUUGGCCCUACAGUUGGCGACAAGAAGGCAAACAAAGCUGGAAAACUUUUAUACAAACCGUUCGAACAGUAGCUGCAUGCCAUAUGGCACUUUUGGUUCCAAAGGGUAUCAACUUUUUCCCUGAAUCUAACCACAAAAUCGGUGGCAAUAUUGACAUUUGGUGGAUAGUACAUGAUGGAGGUCUCCUAAUGCUAUUGCCUUUCCUGCUGAAACAGCAUCGUACUUGGAGAAAUUGCAAAUUAAGAAUUUUCACUGUAGCUCAAAUGGAAGACAAUUCAAUUCAGAUGAAAAAAGACUUGAAAACUUUUCUGUACCAUUUACGAAUUGAGGCGGAUGUAGAAGUGGUGGAGAUGAUGAAUAGCGAUAUAUCCGCCUAUACAUACGAGAGGACAUUGAUGAUGGAACAGCGAAACCAAAUGUUAAGAGAGCUUCGUUUAAAUAAGAAAGAAAACUCUAAAAUAGUUCAAACGAUUGUUGAUCAUCAUCAUGAUGUUACAAAGACUUCUUCAAAAGUUCGAUUUGCAGAUCCAACAAUCAAUGUAGAAGAGAAGCAUGAGAACGAAGCCGAUGGCGACGAAAAGGCUAGGGCAAAAGAAGCUGAAAUCGACUCGCUGGACACAAAAUUAGAAAAUGGAUCGACAUUAAAUUCUGUAGAAAAGGGACAAAGUGAAGAUGAAAAACCUGAGAAAACUAUCUCUGGAGGAAAUCGAAAUACGACUUUAAAACCUGACGAAAUCAAUGUUCGUCGAAUGCACACGGCAGUGAAGUUGAAUGAAGUUAUUGUAAAUAAAUCACAAGAUGCCCAACUUGUUAUAAUGAAUUUACCUGGGCCUCCGCGGGAAUCUAAAAUCGAUCGUGAAAGCAAUUAUAUGGAGUUUCUAGAGGUGUUAACUGAAGGUUUAGAAAAGGUGCUAAUGGUCCGGGGAGGAGGUCGUGAAGUAAUAACAAUCUAUUCUUAAGGAUCUUAAGGCGAUUAAUGUUUUGGUAAAUAAGGCAACUACCAAUAUCAAUCAAUUUUUAGCGUAAAUUUUUGUAUCUAAAUACAAAAAAACGAAAUAAAUUCUUUGUUACAACAAAUGCAUAUUUUC